AUGGUGAUGACACUGGGCUUCUCAAUUGCCAAGACGGCGAAAAACACCCACAUUAUCAAGGACGCCAAGUGGCUCUGGGAGAACGAGGUGGACCCGAUGCACGCUGCUGACACUGGAUUCUUCGCGGACUUCCGACCAAAUGAUGAGAGUCGGACGUGCUUCAGUGACUUGCCCGCUACUUCGUUUCACAAGCAAGUGCGCGGUGCCAACCUCGGUGGUUGGCUCGUACUUGAACCUUGGAUCACCCCCUCUACCUUCUACCAGUUCCUGGGAACGCAAAAUCGCUACGGUGAAAAGGCCCCCGAGAAGACUGCAAUGGACAUGCACUCGUUCUGCACGGCAUUGGGCAAAGAGGAGGCCAACCGGCAGCUUCGUAUUCACUACGCUACAUGGGUUACUGAAGAUGACAUCAAGGAGAUGGCAGAGGCCGGUGUCAACUCUCUGCGUGUUCCUGUCGGUGACUGGAUGUUCAAACCCUACGAACCGUAUAUUGGCUGCACCGAUGGCGCCGUUGAAGAACUUGAUCGCGUCGCCGAUCUGGCUGAAAAGUACAAUAUCGAACUCCUGCUGGACAUUCAUGGCCUUGUUGGCUCGCAAAAUGGUUUUGACAACAGUGGAAAGACGUCGACUGUAAAGUGGAUAUCUACUGUGAACACGCAUCCCAUUGGCACAUUAAUGUUCGAGCAUUGGCCUGUUCGUUCCGCUGAGUGGGUCGGAAACUUUGACGCCGAAACAGGCUCUUACAUGUCUAUCAACUAUGAGCACAUGAUGCACUCUCUCGACACGGUGGCUGCAAUCGUUGAGCGCUAUGCCUCACACCCGGCGAUCAUCGGACUCGAACCUGUCAACGAACCUUGGGAGCUGACGCCAAUUGAUCUUCUUAAGGAUUAUUACUGGCGAGCAUACAAACGUGUAAAGGCCCGUGCCCCCCGAUGGAAGUUUGUGAUCCAUGAUUCUUUCCGCUUUGGGGUACAGUACUGGUCGCAAUUCAUGGUCGGUUGCCCAGACAUCGCCUUAGAUACCCACAUCUACCAAGCAUGGAUGGCGCCGGGCACGAAAGCCGAUUAUUAUUCCAACGCUUGCCAGCAAAAGUACACGAUUGCCAACAUGGAGAGCUCCGUGAUGCCUGUGAUUGUUGGUGAGUGGUCACUGGGCACCGAUAAUUGUGCGAUGUGGCUGAACGGCUUUAACGACAACUUGCCCGGGUUCCCGAACACUCAGUGUCGCAUGGUGGAUUGCCCUGUGCACAGCACUUACCUGGGUAAGGAUUUUCCAGGUACACCGCUUGACGUUACCAAGCCAAUGCAGGGUCCGUACGGCACGGGUCAGUCGGGACCUGCUUUUGGUAAGUGCCCGGUGACCAGCGAUACCGCCUUUGGUCAGAAAGACGACGUCGAGUUCGCUCGUAACCUGAAUCUGAAGAAGUUGAACGCCUUUGCACUCGGCCACGGCUGGUAUUUCUGGAAUUUUAAGACUGAGCUUGGCUCGCGCUGGAAUUUCCUCGACUUGGUGCGUCGAGGUGUCUUUCCGAAAAACGUGUCGUCCUACCACGAAAGUGACGAGGUGUUCUCCGCCUGUGAAAAAGAGGACCGUGGUGAUUUCUUAUGCACUGCCAAGCGAGGUGUACAUGCCGACGACCUGGAACGUGGAUUGGACUAUGCAUGUGGCAGCGAAGACGUCGAUUGCUCGAUGAUCAAGACGAAGGUGAUGACUCUCGAGGAACGUGCGGAUUGGGCGUUUAACGAGUUCUGGCACGCUCAUCGUCAUUCAGGCGCUACUUGCGACUUUGGGGGUGCUGCUCACUUGCUCAGUACGAACCCGGAUACUGUUUUCUCGGGGUUAAACCAGCAACAGUUGGAACUUUCCCUCGUAACCGCUUUUUCGUCAUCAACAACGGUUGUUGUGUGGUGCAUUGUCGGUGUCGUAGUAGGCAUCAUUCUCAUCGUGGCUGCUGGAAUACGCAUUAUGACGCGCCACACACGGCGAAAAGAGUAUUCCUCACUCAUGACAGCGAACGUGUAG